GUUCUCCCCAUCAGACGAUGUCCCAACAGACCAUCGCUUCCUCGUUACGGUCUUAAUCUAUUUGCGACGCGAUAGUCUUAUCCACUCGCAGUCCCUCCAUACCUAGCGAGGGAAGAAUCCCCAGAAAAGAAGGGCCUCGGGUAUAUGCUCGGUGCUUCCGCGGGCCAGAACUCACCAUCUCACCGGUUCUUCUCACCGUGAAAUAAUCCCUUGGAGUUUAUCAUUAGUGUGCAAAAGUUACGACAUAUUUCAUGCCCCCGCGCCGACGGCCUCCUGCAGGGGCUCGGACAGACCUCCCGCCGCUGAAGAUCGUACGGAAGAUUGUUAUCUUACAGCUUGCCUAUUAUGCCUCUGCGACGGCCCUGAUCUUAUUUACCACUCUCGUCUAUGGCACCCAGUUCUCCAUAGACUUAGUUCUGAGUUGGGACUCGCUGAGGGGGGAUACCACGAUUGGAUGGAUGCUGGGGUUGGUGUGGAUGUUAAAUAGUCUUGCGGGGAUAAUCUUUCUUUUACUCCUCGUCGUUCGGUCCAAACUCAUUCCUGACUUCGCUCUUACUAUCCAUUUCCUCCAUCUUCUCGCGACGUCCCUUUACACCCACUCUAUCCCCUCCAACUUGCUUUGGUGGGGUCUUCAGUUUGCCAGCGCUUCUCUAAUGACCUUUGGUGGUAUCUGGGCCUGCCAAUGGCGGGAACUCAGACCGAUUAGCUUUGGCGGUAUAGCUGGUACCGGUACUGGACAGUCGUCUGGAAGUUCAUCUCAGCCGCCGGGUGAUAGAGGCAGUCCGUCCCGAGGAAGAGGUCGGGAACGCAGCUUGCAGGGUGACGGUGGCGAGUAUGAGAUGGCCGAAAUGAGGGGAGUCGGUGAGCAAGCGGUAUAGCUUCUUCUUCUUCUUUUUCUUGUUGGGUCUUUCUUUCUUCGAUUGUAUUCUUCUUUUUUCCCCUUUUUUUUCCUUCAUAUUUUUUGACGUUGAUUCAUGGCCGACUUACAUGCGGAUUUUGAUAUGUUUACAAUUUUCUGUAUACCCUAGCUAGUUGGCACCUGUAUAGAUGGCGUUCUGGUUCGAGUGUCAUCCUCUCAUCUUACCGAAGUGUUGAUUCCAUGGUCUUACAUUCUGGUGACCUUUUUGAACUUGUGCAGGCACAUUGGUACUUAAUAUCCUGUUGUUGGAUAUUUAUGGCUAUUUGGGAUGGCGUCAUGUCAUAGCGACAUGGGCGUCUCAAUCAUAUAGAUAGUAUUUACUACUACUGGAUAGUAUCAAAUCGACCCGACUGUGACCCAGGGAAGAACAAA